AUGGAAGCCCCGCACUCGGCUGUUGCCCAAAUAACCGAAGAUGCUCGUAGUGAGAGCAUGGGCUCACAGAACUCCCAGACCGCGAAAGAGUUUAUUGAGUCACAGCUCCAACUAGAGGCAGAUGCGCGCGAGGCUCUUCCUUAUGCUUUUGACUCUUGCACAUAUGACCUUGGACCAUUGCGACAAGUCCUCUUUGCAUGCCUAACCUGCAAUCCUCCUCCUACCGACUCCAACGAAUCCUACAGUCCCGCUGCCGUCUGUUACUCGUGCUCGAUCGCUUGUCACGGGGAGCACACUCUAGUGGAGCUCUUCAACAAGCGCAACUUUGUCUGCGAUUGUGGGACCACCCGUUUUCCGUCGUCUUCUUGCUGCACGCUCCGUGAAGAUCCCGCAACCGGCAAGAAGGGUGUGCACUCCCAAGAGGCUGCAGCAGGCAACAGAUACAACCAUAACUUCCGCAAUCAGUUCUGUGGCUGCGGCGAACAGUACGAUGCGUAUUCAGAAAAGGGGACAAUGUUCCAGUGCCUGGGGCUUGGUACCGUCGAGACCGGAGGCUGUGGUGAGGACUGGUGGCACCCAGAGUGUCUCAUCGGCUUGUCGCGCGAUUGGAAUAAGGCUGCCCCCAAGGUCAAUGGGAUCGGCGGUGGUGAUGCCGCCAAUGAAAUUUCAGCCGAGGACGAAGAAGAUAUGCUCCCACCUGGGUUUCCCGCAGAGGAUGAUUUCGACCAUCUGAUCUGCUUCAAAUGCAUCGACUCUAACCCCUGGAUCAAGGCUUAUGCAGGCACUCCUGGAUUCUUGCCGCCAGUUUUCCGGGAAGGUGGACUCAAGAAGGCCUCAAACGUGACUGAGCCAAAUGUGACCGAGGAUAUCUCUGUACCAGCUACUGAGCCCAGGGAGACCGAACACAAGGAUCAGGAGAAGGCCGAACAGUCAAAAAAGCGCAAGGCAGAUGACGAGGGGCCCACUGAAGGAGAGCCUGUCACCAAGCGGACUAAAGAAGAAGAAGAAGCCCCUGCUGAGGAACAGCCAUCAAAGGUCAUGAAGGAAGAGAAGUCUGCCAAGGAAGAAAGCGAUACUCCUACAAAGCCAUUGGCCCUUAAGCACACCAAGCUCCCCAAGUCCCCUCCGAUGGAAUCAUUCUCCCUUUUUGCUUUGGAAGAUUUCCAUGGUCAGCUGUGUCGCUGCGCAGAAUGCUUCCCCAAGCUUGCUCCCCACCCCCAGCUUCGCGAAGAAGAAGAUACCUACGAGCCUCCCAUGUCCGACGACGGCCAGGCUAACGGUGCCGGAAGCGUCGGUACAGGCAGCAUCUACGAUCGUGGUGAGGCAGCACUAAACAACAUGGAUCGGGUGCGCGCCAUCGAGGGCGCAAUGGCAUACAACCAUCUGCGUGACAAACUCAAGGUGUUCCUCCAGCCCUUUGCUGAGAGUGGACAAGCUGUCAGCGCGGAAGAUAUCAAGGGCUACUUUGAAGCGCUGCGUGGUGAUGAGCAGGGCAUCAAAGAUGCCGCUAACCAUGCUUCUACUGUGGGUGGUGACGGCAAGGAUGAUACCGGCGGAGACAAGCGACACGAGCAGAAUGGUAAGUGA